GAGAUGAAACAGCGGAUUCAAUGAAAGAUUCAACGGCGGAUUCGAUGGAAGAUUUCAACAGUGGAUUCAAUGGAAGAUUCAACAGUGUAUUUGAUGAAAGAUUCAACAGCGGAUUCGAUGGAAGAUUCAACGGUGGAUUCGAUGGAAGAUUUCAACAGUGUAUUCGAUGGAAGAUUCAACGGCGGAUUCGAUGGAAGAUUUCAACAGUGUAUUCGAUGGAAGAUUCAACGGCGGAUUCGAUGGAAGAUUUCAACAGUGGAUUCAAUGGAAGAUUCAACAGUGUAUUUGAUGGAAGAUUCAACAGCGGAUUCGAUGGAAGAUUCAACGGUGGAUUCGAUGGAAGAUUUCAACAGUGUAUUCGAUGGAAGAUUCAACGGCGGAUUCGAUGGAAGAUUUCAACAGUGUAUUCGAUGGAAGAUUCAACGGCGGAUUCGAUGGAAGAUUUCAACAGUGUAUUCGAUGGAAGAUUCAACGGUGGAUUCGAUGGAAGAUUUCAACAGUGUAUUCAAUGGAAGAUUCAACGGUGGAUUCGAUGGAAGAUUUCAACAGUGUAUUCGAUGGAAGAUUCAACGGUGGAUUCGAUGGAAGAUUUCAACAGUGUAUUCAAUGGAAGAUUCAACAGUGGAUUUGAUGGAAGAUUCAACAGCAGAUCUGGAUGUGAAUGA